UAACAAAUCAUCUGCAGAGGUGGGCGUGGAACUGUUUUCGUCAGCGGUCCUCUCUUGGUUUUGGUGCCUGCGAGAAGGAGCUGUCAGCUAACGUUAGCUAGCUAAAAAAAGGAACGAUUGACAGACAAGAACAGCGAAAGCACCAACAAAAAAAGCUGCUUUGGGAGCAGUGAGGGGUCUUCAUGGCUGUUCGAAGAGGCCACAUCAGGUACCUAAAAGAGGUGUAUGACAUGUCCAACGGCUACGAGGAUCACAUGGGAGGAGGAGAUGAGGUGACGGAUGCCAAGACCAACCUGAUAGUCAACUACCUUCCCCAGAGCAUGAGCCAGGACGAGCUACGUAGCCUCUUCAGCAGCAUUGGCGAGGUGGAGUCCGCCAAGCUCAUACGGGACAAAGUGGCAGGUACGGAACACCUUGUCCCACAAUGCACUACAGGCCACAGUUUAGGGUACGGAUUUGUUAACUAUCUUACCCCUAGCGAUGCAGAAAGAGCUAUCAAUACUCUGAAUGGACUAAGGCUACAGUCUAAAACUAUCAAGGUUUCAUAUGCGCGGCCGAGCUCUGACACCAUUAAAGACGCCAACCUGUACAUCAGUGGCCUGCCCAAGACCAUGACCCAGAAAGACGUGGAGGACAUGUUCGCUCGCUACGGACGCAUCAUCAACUCCCGGGUGCUGGUCGACCAGGCCUCGGGCCUGUCUCGGGGGGUGGCGUUCAUCCGGUUUGACAAGCGAGCGGAGGCCGAGGACGCCAUUAAAGACCUGAACGGACAGAAACCCCCCGGAUCCGCUGAGCCAAUCACAGUGAAGUUUGCUGCCAGCCCCAACCAGGCCAAGAACACUCAGCUCAUAUCUCAGCUCUACCACAACCAGGGACGACGCUUUGGAGGGCCAGUUCACCACCAGGCUCAGAGAUUCAGGUUUUCUCCGAUGUCUGUGGACCAUAUGAGCGGUAUGUCUGGGGUGAGUCUGCCGGGGAACGCCACCUCUGGCUGGUGCAUCUUCAUCUACAACCUGGGCCAGGACGCCGACGAGGGCAUCCUGUGGCAGAUGUUCGGGCCCUUCGGCGCCGUCACCAACGUCAAGGUCAUCCGCGACUUCAACACCAACAAGUGCAAAGGCUUCGGCUUUGUUACCAUGACGAACUACGAGGAGGCCGCCAUGGCGAUCGGCAGCCUCAACGGUUACCGCCUCGGGGACAAGAUCCUACAGGUGUCGUUCAAGACGAGCAAAGGCCACAAGUAGAGAGAAAGAGUUGGGGGGGGAUAGAGGGAGGAGAGAAACCUCACGUCAUGCUUCUAAUAUGGAGGGUAAAUUGCCUCAGUUUGACAAACAAACUUGUUUUUAGUGUUAUCUCACUAAGCCCAUUCUCACUCUGCAUCUUUGUACUAGUCUAACAGAGUCUAGGCUGAGUUUGAUAUUUCUCUAGUUUUUUUUUUACUCAUGCUUUGGGAUGUUCCAAACCCAGUUAUCAAUGUCCAUCCUAAUAUGGCCACCAAUUUCACAAUUCAAGACUAGAUAGUUUUUCCUGUGAGACUAUACUAAUGUCACUAUGUGCCAUAUGAAUGGUAGGACCACGGUAGGGACUUGGAGAAGGAUGCGCUACAUUCAUACGUCUAGUCUCCCACUGUAGGAGGAAGCAUGCUGUCUUAGACGCUGGUUCCAGUGUAGAAAUAGAUGCCUUAAGUUACCACCCGCACACCCUGUCAAGCCAUCCACUGUCUCCAGCCAUUCUAAAAGAAAAGCACUUUUUAAAAUCCUUAUUGUAUAAUGUCAGCCGUUUUGAUGUAAACCAUACAUUGAUCUUCUCUCACCUUGCAGAAUCAGUUUUAUACACAGCAAGUUAGGUACUGGAUGCUACCAUUACAUAGCAGCGUGUGUCCCGUUUUUGGGAGUCUUUUAAAUGUUGAAUCUCUGAGAGGCCAUGUAAAAAGGUCUGGAGAUUUUAAAGUAGGAAAGUGUUUAAGAAGGACCAAAGAAAUGGAAGGAUAUGCUCUAACUGCCCCAGGGCCCGUAUUCACAUGCUGAUCUAGGAUCAGUUUGGCCUUGUCGAUCCUAGAUCAGCAUUCAGUCCUCUGAGAAGCAUUUGUGAAUAGGGAAGAUGUUUACCGUUAUAACUCAUUUCCCCCCACCAGUAAUAGUUUGGACGUCUGAACAACCGGUACGAAGGCUGAAUCUAACACAAAGAGGAGCAACACUCCUCUCUCUCUCAUCCAGUUUGCUUUUUUUGCAUAAAAAAAAAAAAAGUUGUCUAUUUUUUUGAUGAUUUUCUUGAAUUUUCUUUAUGAAAGAGACUAACUUUUCUUUUUUCGUCGAAGCGUAGAUUACUGAUGGGAGAGUUGGAAGAGUUUAUUUCAUCUCGAGCUAAAGAAGAAUUUAUGACCUUUGAUUUAUUUUUGUUGCUAUAGAUUUGUUUUGUUUUACUUUGCAUAUGCAAUCAUUAAAUUUUAUUUAGAUUUGACUCAACAUUUUGGUUUUGUUUCAGUUUCUUUCAUUUCUUCAGAUUUGGUUUGGGGUUUUUCUUUGGGGUUUUCUGUUUAGUGUUGAAGCUACAGACACCAGACUGCUAAUAGGAUGAUACUACAGUAUGACACUACUCACCCCAUUCCCAUUGAGAUAUUACAGGAUGUUUAAAUGGUCAACAUAAGGUUUAGCUAGACUCUAAGAUGGUCUGAAGGCCAAGAGGAUGCGGUCUCCAGUGUAAAACACCUCAGACAUUGGCCUUAUUUUCAUUCAAGCCUAUGUGUGAAACAUGAGGCAGAGGGCUUUCAAGGUUUCAAAGAUGGGAGUCCUCCAGUGGAGGUACUGAAACAGUCUUGUUUCAUGUUAAUAGGAUCUAGGAGUUACUGAUGAACUCAUAAGGAGUCUGUUCUAAUACAGGCACUGCAGGAGGCGGUUUGUCACUUAUGGACCUUCUUUGAUCUGCCUUGCAGCCAACAAACACAGUCACCCUGAGAAACUGUGCCAUUUUUUAGAAAUGUGCAAUAACCUAAAAGCUUGGGUAAAAAAAAAGCUAAACCCAGGCAUAUUCAAGUGAUGUUUUUAGACUUAAUAAGAGGACUCUGUAAUCGGGAAGAAGACUGGCGGUUGGUUUGACAUCAAGCGAAUAUUCCUACAUCUGUUUUUAACAUCUUGGUUGUGCACUUUUCAUCAGCAAGGCCUUUUCUAUGUAGGUUUGAGAAUGUAGUCUGUUGGAGAGAAAAUAACUGACUACAACAGCACCACAACACAGGAUCAGAGAACUGGCAUUAGUUAGUUUUCCUGCUGCAGCAGAUCUAGGAGCAGUUUACCCUUACACAGUCCUAACCUUCACCAUAAUGGGUGACACUUGUUUUAGAAAAUGAGGGGCUUGUCUCCUGGACUUUCAAUAGAGAUUCUCCAUUGAGCAUGAUUUUAUGUCCAGGAGUAGGCUUCAUCUGGGUUCUGGGAACAGCCUAGAAACCAGACUGUAUAAUUCUCUCUAAAUGUAUUGUGAUCUGUCUUCAGAUCUGUAAAGCCUUACUAGUUUCCACAUGUGGACAAAAAAAUACCGCUCCUGUCACAGGAAUAUCCUCUAUGUACGCCUCAAGUUAGAAAAAAAAUACCGCUCCUGUCACAGGAAUAUCCUCUAUGUAGGCCUCAAGUUAGAAAAAAAAUACCGCUCCUGUCACAGGAAUAUCCUCUAUGUAGAUCUCAAGUUAGAAAAAAAAUACCGCUCCUGUCACAGGAAUAUCCUCUAUGUAGAGCUCAAGUUAGAAAAAAAAUACCGCUCCUGUCACAGGAAUAUCCUCUAUGUAGAUCUCAAGUUAGAAAAAAAAUACCGCUCCUGUCACAGGAAUAUCCUCUAUGUAGAUCUCAAGUUAGAAAAAAAAUACCGCUCCUGUCACAGGAAUAUCCUCUAUGUACGCCUCAAGUUAG